AUGGUGCUGCAGAUUGCCGAGAAUCACUUGCACCUUUCCCAACGCUGGUGGCCAGAAACCGCACCCGACCUCCUUUUGAGCGACGUCGUUCCGCGGACGCUUUCCUACUCCAUCUUCGGUCUUCUCGGGCAACUCCUGAAGAGCCUCGCACCCGGCGCCCCGGCAGGGAGACGAGGAACAUGGGACCCACAUCGGUAUCGGUCGGUCGGCCCCCUCGCUGACAGCGCGCGCGGGGGCCGUUGGGAACAGACCUCAGCUCUGUCAAAGGCCCUCAGGAUACCCUGGAUUCAUCUUCAGGCUGCCUCGUUCAAGGAUGCUGAGAGCAAGAAGCUGACAUACAUCACGAUUCUCAGUUUCCCCAUCUUCAAAGACUAG